AUGGUAUACGGUAUGCGGCACGCCAUGCUGCCAGUUUCUGUUGAAGUCCCAGUUGCAGUUGCAGUUGCAGUCCGGCGGAUUCCGUGCCGGCACAUCAAUGGUCGCAAUGGCAUGCUAUUUGAAUUGAACAAGUGUCAGCGUCAAGGGGAUAUAGUGUCGGAGGCUACUGUAUUUGCGUGCCCUGCCAGUGCAGAGGACGACAAUGCUCUCAAAACUCAAAAUAUUAACACUUUAACGCCAAGUUUUUUAUCCGGCUGCCGGAAGCAGACAACACAAGGAACUCACACAGACACAUAUAUACAAAUAAACUGUAGCGGUCGUUACGGUGGCAAAACGCCAUGUUGGAUUAUUCAACUCGACGCCAUUUCGCGUCACAAUGCGCGCUAUGCGCCGCCAUCAUUGCACUCGACAGCAAACGGCAAGCAACAGCAACAGCAACAGCAACGGCAAUGGCAACGGCAGCGUAGCGACGGCACACUGCCAACGUUUGCAACGGCGGCCAACGCGGCGGAUGAAGUUGCAAUUCAAAGUCAUAAACACGUGCAGCGUGGGCGCAAAGUCGCAGCUAAGCUGCGAGCAGGCGCUGUUACUGACAUCAGCAAUAGCAACAACAGUGCCAGCACUUCCUGCCUUACAGAAAUAGAGAGACUGAGAGAGAGAAGGGGAAGUGUAAGCAUUCGAGAGGGAGAGUGA